CAAAACCCAUCGCCGUCGUCUCCUCCGUUAUCAAACAAUCAAUCCCUCAUCGCCGUGUACGCUCCAUUUCUUGAGCUAUUCUAUGAUCUCGAUCUCUUUCUAGUAACGCAAAGAACACAACUUUUACACUCGGUUUUUGCGAAAAAAUGGCGUUUGCUAGGGAAGCGAGACGACCCCUUGGAGUCUUUGUUUAUAGUGCUAGUCGUAGGUUCGGUUGUGGAAAUGAGUACUCUACUACUGUGGCAAGCAAAUGGGAAAGUCUGUCUCAGUACAGGAGCUCUGUAUCUUCUGGAUACGCAAACCCUGUUCGUGGGUUUGGGAACUUGUUGAGGAGUUUUAGUUCGGAGGCGCCUGCUGUAGUUGACCAGAUGAGCCUCAUCAAGCAACUGAGGCAAAGAACUAGUGCUCCUAUUAAGGAUGUUAAGGCUUCUCUUGUUGAAUGCAACUGGGACAUUGAGGCUGCUCAAAAGGAUUUGAGGAAGAGAGGCAAAGUACUGGCUUCCAAAAAGUCGUCACGGACAGCUGCAGAGGGUAUGCUUGCGGUUGCCCAAAACGAAGGAAAGGUUGCUGUUAUCGAACUCAACUGUGAGACAGACUUUGUGGCUAGAAACGACAUCUUCCAGUACUUGGCUUUAGCUAUGGCAAAACGUGCUUUGCUGGUUGAAAACAGUUCUCAGCAAGUUUCUGGUGUUUUCCCCUUUGGCCCUGAUCUUUUUGAGGAGUUGAAGCUCAAUCUCGACCAUCCAAAAGUGAACGGCGAAACCACAGUUUCAAACGCUGCUACAGAAGUAGCGGCAAUUAUGGGAGAGAACGUCAAGUUUAGGAGAGGUUUCGUAAUGUCAAAAUCUUCAGCAGGCGUCCUCUCUGCAUAUCUCCACACAAGUCCCCAACCAGGGUUGGGUCGUAUAGCUGGGAUUGUAUCUCUCGAAGUAGAAGGUGGAAACACUCAACUAGAGGCUGUUCAACGUGUAGGCUCAGAGCUGGCCAUGCAUGUUGUAGCAGCAAAGCCUUUAUUUUUAAGCAAAGACCUUGUUUCUUCUGAAGCAUUAGCAAACGAACGGGAGAUUCUCAAGUCUCAGGCAGAAAGUACAGCCAAGUCUCAGAUGGCUGUGGAGAAGAUGGUGGAAGGCCGUCUCCGUAAAUAUUUCGAAGAUGUUGCUCUGAUGGAGCAAAAGUUCAUUGUGAAUGAUUCUAUAAACAUAAAGACACUGGUGGAUAAUUUAUCCAAGGAGGUGGGUUCUCCUGUGAAGGUUGCCGAUUUUCUGAGAGUUGAGGUUGGGGAAGGAAUCGAAAGGCUUGAAGCAUCUGAUGAACCGGUUGCUCAAACUGCUUGAAGAUGAUUAAUGUGGAGAUGGUGUUUAAAUUCAGAGACUCUUUCUUUGGUUCAUCAGGUUCUACUACCGAUCACUCACCAUGUGGUUUUUAUGCCGGCUUUAGAUUACAGAGAGUGUGAGGCUUUCCUUUUCCCAUGUUUUGUUGUUUUAAAAAUGUGAGUUUGCCAUACAAUAUCCCAAUAAGAUUUUAAUUUUGUGA